AAAGGAGAGGGAAGUGUAUUAGUAUAUUUUUAAAUCUUCAUUAAAAAUUAUGCUAUUUAAAAAUUAUAAUCCGAUAUAAAUAAGGAGUAAGACAAUCAUCACUAUAUUUAUAUAAAAGGAUAUUUGAAUCCGGUACAUUUUUGUUUGAAAUAUUAAGAGAUUUCUGAAAAACAAAAAAAAAAAAAAAUCAAAGGAAUAUAUCGAAUUAGCCAUUAUCAAUAAUCAAUAAUUUCCAUGCUUUCACUUCUAUGAAUCUUCUUUAUUUUUGACUUAGUUUAUUGGUGUAUAAUAAAAGUGAUGUAAAUAGUAAAAUUAUGUGAAAAUAAUAUGGGUAAAUUAUAGAAACUAUUCUUAAGGUUCGGAGAAAUGACAUUUUGUUCCAAACGUUAACCGAAAAACACUCUUAUUCCUUGAGAUUUUAGAAAAUCAACACAUUAGUACAUUAAUUAUUCCGUUAUAAAAUAGGAAAUUUUUUUUUUUUUUUUCCUUAGACCAAAUCCUAAUUAGUUUAAACUACCCUCCAAAUCCAAACGCGGUCGUUUUUGUCCCCCCCCAUGCAACGUUAAGACCUCUGUUUCUCUGUCCCAUCUGUUCUUCAACUCCACAAGAUGCAGAGCACUCUGUUUUCUCUGUCUCUCUCAACCCCAUUUGUCAAACCUCCAAAUCCAAAUCCUAAAGGACCUAAAGCCAAGCUCUCACACCUCUCACACUCAUCGUCUUCAACACAAAUCAACCUUAAUUCCACUCAUGGACUCUCACAGCAAAGUCCUGUGUAUGCAUUUUCUUCAUUAUGCUUUAACAUGCGAGUAUGCGGUUCCUUUUUUGUUUCAAACCAAAGAAACAACAGUUUUAAGGUCAGAGCUGCUUCGGUGCCCGAGAACACAGGUGAUACCGUGAAACCAAGUGGUGUGAUUAAGACUUUGCAGCUAGGAUUUAUGUUUGGAAUUUGGUACAUUUUGAAUAUCUACUUCAACAUCUACAACAAGCAGGUUCUAAAAGUCUAUCCAUUUCCUGCAACGGUUACAGCAUUUCAGUUUGGCUUUGGGAGUUUGAUGGUUGCUUUGAUGUGGGCAUCUAACUCUUAUAUCAGACCAAAGAUUACUCCUCAACAGCUUGCAGCAAUUUUUCCUUUGGCUGUGGCACACACGGUGGGGAACCUCUUGACCAACAUUAGUCUUGGGAAAGUUGCUAUUUCAUUCACUCACACAAUCAAAGCUAUGGAGCCCUUUUUCACUGUUGUACUCUCUGCCUUGAUUCUUGCUGAGAGGCCUACUCUUUGGGUAGUUUCUUCCCUUGUACCAAUUGUAGGUGGAGUGGCAUUGGCAUCUUUCACUGAGGUCUCUUUUAAUUGGACUGGCUUUUGUAGUGCAAUGGCUUCCAAUCUGACAAAUCAAUCCCGUAAUGUAUUCAGCAAAAAGUUAAUGGUUAAAAAGGAGGAGUCUUUGGACAAUAUCAAUCUCUUCUCAGUAUUAACCAUUAUUUCUUUCAUCCUGUUGGCUCCUGUGGCUAUUUUCUUGGAAGGUGCUAAGUUUACUCCUUCAUACCUGCAAUCUGCUGCAAAUCAAGGUUUGAAUGUUAGAGAACUAUGUGUGAGAUCGCUUUUGGCUGGGUUCUGCUUCCUUGGUUACCAGCAGGUCUCCUUUAUGAUAUUAGACAUGGUAUCACCGAUCACCCAUGCAGUGGGAAAUUGUGUGAAGCGUGUGGUGGUCAUAGUCUCCUCAAUUAUCUUCUUCCAAACCCCUGUCUCACCCAUAAACUCCCUUGGAACUGCCUUGGCUCUUGCUGGAGUCUUCUUGUAUUCAAGAGCAAAACGGAUAAAGCCAAAGCCAAAGGCUGCUUGAGUUUAUACAGAAGAUAGCAACUUUAACCAUUUAAAAGAAAAUUUCCAUAUGUUAAUUAUGAAUAUUAUUUUUGGACCAAUCAUAUUGCUUGCUUUCUAACA